AGUAUCUGACGUCACUUCCUGUUUGUACCUCUUGUAGUUCUUCCUGCCUUCGGACACCUUGCAGGGCCAAAGAUCGUUGCAGUCAUGCCGGCAGCUGCUUCGGGGACCAACAAGGCGACUCACGGCGAUGGAGGUCCGAAGAAGAAGAGGGGCCCAGGGGCUUUGGCCACGGCCUACUUGGUCAUCUACAACGUUGUUAUGACCGCGGGGUGGUUGGUGAUCGCCGUAGGUCUGGUGCGAGCGUACCUGGCCAGGGGAAGCUACCACGGCCUCUACUACUCCAUCGAGAAGCCCCUCAAGUUCUUUCAGACCGGCGCCGUCCUGGAGAUUGUCCAUUGCGCUGCAGGGAUCGUGCCGUCCUCCGUCAUCCUGACCGGCUUCCAGGUCAUGUCCCGGGUCUUCCUCACCUGGGCCGUCACACACAGCGUCCGAGAGGUGCAGAGCGAGGACAGCGUGCUGCUCUUCGUGGCCGCCUGGACCGUCACUGAGAUCAUCCGCUAUUCCUUCUACACCUUCAGCCUGCUCAACCACCUGCCCUACCUGGUCAAGUGGGCCAGGUACACCUUCUUCAUCGUGCUGUAUCCCAUGGGCGUGAGCGGCGAGCUGCUGACCAUCUACGCGGCCCUGCCCCAUGUGCAGAAGACGGGCCUGUACUCCGUCACGCUGCCCAACAAGUACAACUUCUCCUUCGACUACCACGCCUUCCUCAUCCUGGUCAUGAUCUCCUACAUUCCACUGUUCCCCCAGCUCUACUUCCACAUGGUGCGACAGAGGAAGAAGGUUCUGGGCCACGCAGGCGACUGCAGCAAAGUGGAGUGACUCCUCCUGGCUGGCAGCAAACAGGAAGUGGACCAAACCAAAUGGACCAGUGAUUUCAUCUUUUCCUCCCAGGGUUUGUUUGCUUUUGGAUUCUUUUCAGUUCUCUUGAUGAAGUCCAGCUGUGUCGCAGCUAAAGAUGCACUGAUGGAAACAGCGCUUCCUUCAAGUAGAACCCCUCUUUAUUUAACUCUUUCACACACUUUUUGCCUCGCUGGCUGUAACAUUUUGCUUUUAUCUGUGAUUACAAAAAGCUGCCCAGGCCCUCUUGUUCCCUUUAUUACUUUGGAGGUCCUCCACAAGCUUCAAAACAAGCAUCAUUUGAUAUUUUUAGUGUCCCGCACAUGGACUCUCUAGCGCCCCCUUGACAACUUGAAUAAAUAUAGUCCACAUUUUAACCAGCUGGUCCUGGGGACUCGGACCAACUGAGCCGUGGUUAAAGUGACACGUACUAUAGAGAAGGGCCGCCGUAAAUAGCGAAGGAUUUUUUUCCUACACCACAGGAUGUGGGCGUGGCCAGGCGCCAAACUUUGAUCCCAUGGUUUGCCACAAAACGCUCAAACACUCGUAACCCGGCUCCACAAUCCGGUCCACAUCAGGACCAUGACGUGAACAGCUAAGUAGUUUCCCCGCUCCUUUUGUCCCGUCCAAGUCCUGACUUGCACUGUGUGACCCUGAAGGACUGCUCCUGGCAACUUCAUCCAUGUCUUCAGUUGAGUGCCAACAAGGUAGCAUUUCUUAAACCCUCUCUAUGCUCACAUAUUCUUUCCUGCUAGCAACUCGCCGGCGACAACAAGAUGUGGGAAAUUCCACGUUUUCUAGAUGAAAAGUCCAUUGAGGAAGUUAAAAGGUGUGGUUUAUAUGGACAGAAAAGCACAAUGUUGUGUUUUUGUCACAAUAGUUGGACUCAUUUGGUACGUGAGCUUAGUGAAUUUGUCAUAAAAGUGUGUGAACUGAAA